UACAAAUCUAUCUACCCCUAUGACUGGAAACGAACUCCAAUGUACCAAAUUACCUACUUAUUCCACGCCAUUGUCAAUCUAUAUGUAGUUACCUUAACCGUCAUUGGAUUCGAUACACUCUUCAUGGGAAUCUGCUUCGGUCUGACAUGCCAGUACAUCCUGCUGGGAAGAAUGUUCUUGGAGCUAGGAAACCAACAGGCUCCGCUAUUGAAACAGCAGCAUGUACCUCAAUGUUGUUAUUAUCGAAGCACUUUGAUCAUGUGUAUCAAGCACAUGCAGCUACUUUCGAGGACAACCGGAGAUGUGGAGAAAGUAUUCAACUUAGCCGCUGUCUUGCAACUGGGGAGUAGUGUGACAGCGAUUUGCGUAUCUGGAUUCAUUGCUACCAGGGUAGGUGGUAUUUACAGUCAAGUAGACUAACUUAAUCUACAGGCUAUCAUUAAAUUUGUAUCUGGAUUCAUUGCUACCAGGGAUGGCGUUGAUACUGCUCAAAUUGUUACAAUGUCAUCUUACCUCAUUGGUCACUUGGUGCAGUUGUUCAUUUACUGUAUGGUAGGCAACGAGCUACAUUUUCAGUCUACUCAGUUGAUGGAAAGUGUCUACCUCAGCCGUUGGAAUGAAACACCCUGUAUGAAAUCAAAGAAAGACAUUGUUUUUGUGUUGAUGAAGUCAAAAGUUCCAGCUAAGAUCACAGCCUUCAAAGUACUUACCUUGAACUACGAAACUUUCUUGAAGGUUGUGAAGCUUUCAUUUUCUUUCUACACUGUGUUAUCUACUGUUGCCAACUGAUAAGCACAAAGGAUCACACUAUUCACAAGUCAAAGACGCUAAUAUCAUGGAAACGGGUUAAAAUUGUUACAAGAGAAGUCCUA